AUGUUACCAACGUCACCAGAACCUACAGGCUCGACUGAGAGAACAACAGUGUUACUAACGCCAUCAGAACGUACACGCACAACAGAGAAAACAACCGUGUUACCAACGUCACCAGAACCUACAGGCUCGACAGAGAGAACAACAGUGUUACCAACGUCACCAGAACCUACAAGCUUUAUAGAGAGAGCAACAGUGAUACCAACGUCACCAGAACCUAUACGCUCGACAGAGAGAACAACAGUGUUACCAACGUCUCAAGAACCAACAACCUUGACAGAGAGAACAAAAGUGUUACCAACGUCACCAGAACCUACAAGCUUUAUAGAGAGAGUAACAGUGAUACCAACCUCAUCAGAACCUAUACGCUCGACAGAGAGAACAACAGUGUUACCAACGUCUCAAGAACCAACAACCUUGACAGAGAGAACAAAAGUGUUACCAACGUCACCAGAACCUACAAGCUCGACAGAGAGAACAGCAGUAUUACCAACGUCACCAGAAACUUCAAACUCGACAGAGAGAACAACAGUGUUACCAACGACACCAGAAUUUACAGGCUCGACAGAGAUAACAACAGUGUUACCAACAUCACCAGAACUUACAGGCUCGACAGAGAGAACAGCAGUUUUACCAACGUCACCAGAACCUAUAGGCUCGACAGUGAGAACAACAGUGUUACCAACGUCACCAGAACCUACAAACUCGACAGAGAAAACAACAGUGUUACCAACGACACCAGAAUUUACAGGCUCGACAGAGAGAACAACAGUGUUACCAACAUCACCAGAACUUACAGGCUCGACAGAGAGAACAGCAGUGUUACCAACGUCACCAGAACCUACAAGCUCGACAGAGAGAACAACAGUGUUACCAACGACACCAGAAUUUACAGGCUCGACAGAGAGAACAACAGUUUUACCAACGACACCAGAAUUUACAGGCCCGACAGAGAGAACAACAGUGUUACCAACCUCACCAGAACCUAUAGGCUCGAGAGAGAGAACAACAGUGUUACCAACGUCUCAAGAACCAACAAGCUCGACAGAGAGCACAACAGUGUUACCAACAUCACCAGAACUUACAGGCUCGACAGAGAGAACAGCAGUGUUACCAACGUCACCAGAGCUUAAAAGUUCGACAGGGAGAAUAACAGUGUUACCAACGUCACCAGAAACUACAAAAAUUACAAGAUUAACCGAGAGAUCAACAGUGUUACCAACUUCAGCGGAACCAAGGUCGACCGAGAGAACACCAGUACCUCCAACCACUCCAGUACCUAGUUAUUCAAUAGAAUUAGCGACUAUUUCCGCGAAGGCAGCAGAGCUCGUUUCAUCGUCACAACCUCCAUCUGAAAGUAAGUGA